CAGCCGAAAAGCGAUGCAGUAAUCGCGGCUGGCCUCACAAUCUGACUUCAUGGUGUAUGAUUUCGUCAGCCACUAAGCCAGUCGUGUCCAUGGGUCUCCAGAGCAGCGGUGUGUUACCGUGCAGCAGGUAUUACGGAUUAUUGACAUAUUUCCCUACUGAGGUGUUGGAAAUGGGAAAGAAGGGAAAGUUCAGGCCUAGAGCUGGAACAAAUCAGCACCAAGCUGGUCAAGCCAAAGGAAAGAAGCAUAAUCCCUUUGAAAUUCAUAUCAAUCGAAUGAAGCAUGAUGUUGUGGGGCGAAAGAGCAAGACAGACAGAGGCUUGCCAGGGGUGUCCAGAGCUAAAGCAGUAAAGAAGAGAGAAAAAACUUUAUUACAAGAAUACAAAGUUCGUCACAAGACCAAUAUUUUCUUGGAUAGACGGAUUGGUGAAAACAAUUCUCAUAUGGAUCCAGAGAAGAAAAUGGCUCUUCGUCUUGCUGCAGAAAAAAGACGACAGUUUGGGAAGAAGUCACUUUUCAACUUGAAUGAGGAUGAAGAAUUGACUCAUGCAGGCCAUGCUCUUGAUGACUCCAACUUGAAUGACAAGCUCAGCCUCAGUGAUGAUGAAGAUGAUGACAUGCUGGAUGCCAAGUUUGUGAAGGAGCAACAUUUUGGUGGUGGAGGACUACUCACCAAGCUGGAUGGUGCUGAUGAAACUGACAAAGAGAAACCCAAAAGUAGAAAGGAAUGGAUUGAUGAAAUUAUUGCUGAGUCAAAGAAAAAGAAGGCAGAAUCCAGGAAAGAAAAAGAGGAGCAGUAUGAGGCUGUCAGCAAACUUAACUCAGAACUUCAGUCAUUUAUGAAGUUGAUGGCAAAUCAGGCAAUGACCAAAGAUGAUAAGGACAAUGCAAGGAAAAACUGUGAAUUCAGAGACUAUGACACCUUGUUCCAAGAACUUACCUUUGACCGUACUGGUAAAGCGAAAGCUGUAGAGAAGCUCAAGACACCAGAAGAAUUAAUAAGUGAGAAACGGGAACAUCUGCUGAACCUGGAGGCAGACCGAGUGAGACGAAUGAAAGGAGAGAAGCCAAGUUCAGGAGCCAAGCCAAAGAGUGCUGAUGACCUUGAUGAUGGAUUCACAUUAACUCAAGACCAGAGGUUUCAUGUCAGUUAUAAAGAUGGUGAAAUAUUGGCACACACUGACUUGAAGAAGAGCAGUGCUGAGGAAGGGGAAGAUGAGGAACAGGGAAGUAAUGACAUUGAGGAUGAAGAAAAGGAUGAGGAAGAAGAAAGAGAAGAGGAGGAGGAGGAGGAGGAGGAGGAGGAGGAGGAGGGAGGAAAAGGAGAGGAAGAAAAGGAAGAAGAUGCAAAUGUUGAAGAAAAAGAUUCAGAUGAAGAAAGUGACAAAUAUUCAGAUAUUCUUGAGGAAAGUGAGAGUGAGGAUGAUGAGAAAGAAAUUGAUGAGAAGACAGACAAGAAUGUCACACAAAGCAAGAAAAUAAAGGAUGCCCCAAGAAAAGAAAUGAUGGAAGCAGCAAAGAAGGAAAUUCCAUAUACAUUUGAAGUCCCCCAAGACUAUGAGGCAUUUUGGGCUUUGCUGGAGAACCAUUCACCUAAAGAAGUUGGUCUUAUCCUAGAUAGAAUGAUAACUUGCAAUCACCCAAGUCUUGGAGGCAAAAACAAGGAAAAGUGUGAUGAUGUCUUUGCCUAUAUACUGCAGACUCUGCACAUUCUGACAGAAGAGGAUGGAGACUCCCCGCUUGUGGAUGUGUCCCCAUUUGUGUAUGUGGACCAGUUGGUGUCACCACUUUACACAAUUACCCAGGUGUCACCUGUAAAUUCAGCAAAAGCACUCUUGCAGGUUAUUGAAGAAAAGUAUGAAGAUUGCUCCAAAACAAAAUUUAAGAAAUAUCCCUUGGCUAGCACGUUUGUUUUCUUGAAAAUAGCUGGCCUGCUUUUUCCAGCAUCAGAUUAUAUCCAUCCUGUUAUGACACCAGUGUUGGUGUUCCUGUGUCAGCUAGCGGGUCAGGCAAAGAUUUCUUCAUGUAGAGAUAUCACAGCAGCGUUGUUUACAGCUCAUCUCUUGUAUGAGUAUCUGAGUCUUUCCAAACGAUUUGUACCUGAACUGACAAACACAAUGAAUGGACUCUUGUUCAUGGCUGUUAGAGGCCAAGACAAGACUCAGCUCCCUCUCACUCCCCCAUUCAAGUGUGUGGGACCCACUGCCUCCUUGCUUGUGCUGGAAACACCAGUGACACAAUUUUCAGAAACCAAGUUGAUAUUUGAAGAUCUUAACAACAAAGAAAAACAGAUUGAUGAUGACUUCAAAAUCAAUGUAUUUUGUAAAGCUGUCAAAUUACUGAAACUUUUGAGCAACUGUUGGAUAGAACUGCCAUCCAUUCGUGCUAUCAUGACACCUACAAAGACACUUUUGCAGGCAAUGACCUUAGAAAAUUAUACUGAUAAUGUAAAGAAACUUGUAGAAGAAUUCCUUUCAGUAUUUGAAUCCUUACCAAGUGAAGGUAAUGCACUUGUGAGAGAAGAAAGGAAACCCACAGCAAUUCAGAUGUUUGAACCAGCUAUUGAAAAAAUAAUUGAUGGGGUUAAGAAACGUCAUGGAACAAAAGAAUACCUUGAGAAACAAAAACUUAUCCAUAAGCUGAAGCGCGAGAAAAAGGGAGCACGAAGAGAAGUACAGAGGGACACAGCUUUCUUAGCACGCCAGCAGCUGCAAGAAACGCUACGGAGUGAUGCUGAUCGUAAGAGGAAGGUUGGGCAGAUCAUGAGUGGCCUACAGAUGCAAGAAGGAGAGUUCAAGAAAAUGAAGAAGAAAAAAUGAUGUGCUAUAGUUGUCAGCAUCUCAUUCUCUGAAAAAAAUAACUGAGCAACCAUGAAGCAUUUCAUUGUCACAUCCGACAUGACAGUCAUGGAUUCUGUGAGUUUUCAACCAGAGAAAUUGAGUAGUACGUAUUGUACUAACAACUGGAUGCAAUAAAAUAUACUUUCUUUAAAAA